AUGUCGCAGCAAGAGCAACGGUCCAACAACACAUCAGCGAUGUCAGCACCUACUUCUGAGAACAUUAGAUUAACAAGAUUUUGGUUUUGUUGGGGAUACUUGGAUUCAGUGAAAGAUGGGCUUGGCAAAUGGGGAAAGAAAGCAGUGCAAGCUACCAAGAAUGUCAGGGACCUUGCAGCAAAUAUGUGGCACCACUUGAAAACGGGUUCUAGUUUUGCUGACACUGCGGUGGAGAGGAUUGCUAUGGGGACAAGAGUUAUUGCAGAAGGUGGCCACGAGAAGAUCUUUAAACAGAGUUUUGAGACCGUUUCUGAGGAGAAGCUCCUAAAAGCAUAUGCAUGCUAUCUUUCCACCUCAACUGGACCCGUAGUGGGAGUUUUAUAUUUGUCUACAGUUAAACUCGCAUUUUGUAGUGAUUACCCACUUUCUUACGAAAUGGGUGAGCACACUCAAUGGACCUAUUAUAAGGUAGUUCUUCCGUUGCUUCAGCUCAGAGCGGUGAAUCCAUUAACAAUCGGAACAACCUCAUCUGAGAAAUACAUACAAAUUAUUACUGUUGACAACUAUGAGUUUUGGUUUAUGGCCUUUGUGCAUUAUAACAAUGCUGUUACAAGUAUUCAAGGGGCGUUGCAGUGUCGUUGA